AUGGCGACUCCAUUCUCGACCUUAGAAGCCGGUGGAGGAGGUGUUGCGGUAAUGGCAGGUCCUUUGAACCCAAUAGACCCAUCCGCACCUUCCAAAUCUUGCUUGAAAAACUCUGCCUCUAAAUCUCCCAUUCUCAUUUUUUUGUUCUUCCACAAGGCCAUCAAGGCUGAGCUCGACGGCCUCCAUAGAGCCGCCAUGGCUUUUGCCACCAACUACCACGACGCUGACCUUACUUCUUUGUUGGAGAGAUAUCAUUUCCUACGUGCUAUAUAUAAGCACCAUUGUCACGCCGAAGAUGAGGUCAUCUUUCCAGCUCUUGAUAUACGUGUGAAGAAUGUGGCUCCAACAUAUUCACUUGAACAUGAGGGUGAAAGUGUCCUCUUUGAUCAGUUGUUUGCGUUGCUGAAUUCAGAUAUGCAGAAUGAAGAAAGCUAUCGGAGAGAGUUAGCGUCUUGCACUGGAGCCCUUCAUACAUCAGUCACUCAGCAUAUGUCCAAGGAAGAGGAACAGGUAUUCCCCUUGCUUAUUGAGAAGUUUACAUUUGAAGAGCAGGCAUCAUUGGUAUGGCAAUUUCUUUGCAGCAUACCUGUUAAUAUGAUGGUUGAGUUUCUUCCAUGGCUUUCCUCCUCUAUAUCAUCUGAUGAACAUCAAGAUAUGCACAAGUGCUUGAGCAAGAUAAUUCCAAAAGAGAAACUUCUUCAGCAGGUUGUUUUCACCUGGAUGGAAGGUGUAAAGAAGGCUGGUAAAUGUAAAAGUUGCAAAGAUGAUUCUGAGGCUCGAUGUGAAGCUUCUGGGACUAGUGUCUUACUAAGUCAAAUUGAGAGUGGUCAUUGCGCAUGUGAAUCUUCCAAAAGUGGUAAAAGGAAAUAUAUGGAGCUGAGUUCUAGUCUUAAGGAUUCCACUCUGUCCUGUCCUAUAGAUGAAAUAAUGCUUUGGCAUAAUGCUAUAAGACGAGAAUUGAAUGAUAUAGCUGAGUCUGCUAAGAAUAUACAACUUGCUGGUGAUUUUUCUGAUUUAUCUGGCUUCAACAAGAGGCUGCAAUUCAUUGCUGAAGUUUGCAUCUUUCACAGUAUUGCUGAGGACAGAGUUAUAUUCCCUGCUGUAGAUACAGAACUAUCAUUUGCUCAGGAGCAUGCAGAAGAGGAAAUCCAAUUUAACAAGCUCAGAUGCCUUAUCGAAAAUAUUCAAAGUGCGGGAGCCAAUUCAUCAGCUGCUGAAUUCUAUGUAAAAUUGUGCUCGCAGGCUGAUCAAAUAAUGGAUAGCAUACAGAAGCAUUUCCAUAAUGAAGAAGUACAGGUACUUCCACUUGCUCGAAAGCACUUUAGCCCUCAAAGACAGCGAGAACUUCUUUAUCAGAGCUUAUGUGUGAUGCCCUUGAAAUUGAUUGAGUGUGUCUUACCAUGGUUGGUAGGAUCGUUAAGUGAAGAAGAAGCUAGGUCUUUCCUUCAAAACAUGUAUUUGGCAGCUCCUCCAUCGAACUCUGCAUUGGUAACACUUUUUUCUGGUUGGGCAUGCAAAGGUCGCUCUGCAGAUGUUUGUCUGUCUUCUGGUGCAAUUGGUGGUUGUCCUGCAAGAAUACUUACUAGAACCCAGAAAGAUAUUGACCAACCACUCUGUGCAUGCACCUCUCUCUGUUCCACAGAGGAAAGGCCAUUGUGUGUUCAAGCAGAUGAAAAUAAAAGGCUAGUCAAGCGUGGAAAUUUAUUGUCAUCAGAAGAAUCUGAUUCUAUGCACUUGACAGGAAGAGUAAAUAGUCAUAAAUUAUCCCGUAGUAAUCAGUCUUGCUGUGUCCCAGCUUUAGGAGUGAAUAGCAGUAAGCUGGGCAUGAGUUCUCUGGCUACAGCAAAAUCUCUGCGGUCAUUAUCUUUUUCUCCUUCUGCUCCCUCCCUCAACUCAAGUCUUUUUAACUGGGAAACAGAUAUCAGCUCUACCGAUGUUGGAACAUUACGACCUAUUGAUAAUAUAUUCAAAUUUCAUAAAGCCAUCCGCAAAGAUUUGGAAUAUUUGGAUGUUGAAUCUGGAAAACUUAAUGAUUGCAAUGAGACUUUCCUUAGGCAGUUCACUGGCAGAUUUCGCUUGUUGUGGGGUUUAUACAGAGCUCACAGUAAUGCAGAAGAUGAUAUAGUAUUUCCAGCACUAGAAUCUAAGGAGACUCUUCAUAAUGUUAGCCACUCUUACACUCUGGAUCAUAAGCAGGAGGAGAGGCUUUUUGAAGAUAUUUCAUCUGCACUUUCUGAGCUUACACAACUUUGUAAAUGCUUGAACAAUAUCAAUGUGUAUGAUAACUUAAAUGAAACUAACUCUGUUUCUUCUGAGCAAAAUGAUACAAUGCGAAAGUACAAUGAGAAAGCCACAAAGCUUCAGGGCAUGUGCAAAUCGAUUAGAGUAACACUGGAUCAACAUGUGUUCCGGGAGGAACUUGAGCUGUGGCCAUUGUUUGACAGACAUUUUUCUGUCGAGGAGCAGGACAAAAUUGUUGGUCGAAUAAUUGGUACUACAGGUGCAGAGGUCCUCCAGUCAAUGUUACCAUGGGUAACUUCUGCUCUUACUCAGGAGGAGCAGAACAAAAUGAUGGACACAUGGAAACAGGCAACCAAGAACACAAUGUUCAGUGAGUGGCUUAAUGAAUGGUGGGAAGGAAGUCCUGCUGCAUCUUCAUCUACAUCAACAUCUGAGAGUUGCAUUUCAAUAGGCACUGAUGUCCAUGAAAGCCUCGAUCAAAGUGAUCUUACUUUUAAACCUGGCUGGAAGGAUAUCUUUCGGAUGAAUCAAAAUGAGCUUGAAGCUGAGAUCAGAAAAGUUUCUCGGGAUUCAACUCUUGAUCCAAGGAGAAAAGCUUAUCUUAUUCAAAAUCUUAUGACCAGUCGCUGGAUAGCUGCUCAGCAAAAGUCUCCUCAAGCCACUGCAGUUGAAGGUUCAAAUGGUGAAGACGUACUUGGCUUCUCUCCAUCUUUCCGAGAUCCAGAGAAACAGGAAUUUGGAUGUGAACAUUACAAAAGAAAUUGCAAACUCCAUGCUGCUUGCUGUGGCAAAUUAUAUACGUGCAGGUUUUGCCAUGAUAAAGUCAGUGACCAUUCAAUGGAUAGGAAGGCUACGACUGAAAUGAUGUGCAUGAGCUGCCUAAAAAUCCAGCCUGUUGGACCAGUUUGCACGACACCUUCUUGUGAUGGGCUCUCAAUGGCAAAGUACUAUUGCAGCAUCUGCAAAUUUUUUGAUGAUGAAAGGACUGUUUAUCAUUGUCCAUUCUGCAAUUUGUGCCGCGUUGGAAAGGGACUUGGUGAUGAUUUCUUCCAUUGCAUGGUAUGUAACUGCUGUCUGGCCAAGAAGUUGGUGGACCACAAGUGUCGAGAGAAAGGGCUAGAAACAAACUGUCCUAUAUGCUGUGAUUUUUUGUUCACAUCAAGUGAAAGUGUUAGAGCGCUUCCAUGCGGUCAUUUCAUGCAUUCAGCAUGUUUUCAGGCAUAUGCAUGCAGUCACUACAUCUGCCCAAUAUGUAGCAAGUCAAUGGGAGACAUGGCGGUUUACUUUGGCAUGCUUGAUGCGCUUCUGACUUCUGAGCAGCUUCCAGAAGAGUACAGGAAUCGCUGUCAGGAUAUACUGUGCAAUGACUGUGAUAAGAAGGGAAUUGCACCAUUUCACUGGUUGUAUCACAAGUGUGGUUAUUGCGGAUCAUACAACACCAGGGUAAUUAAGGUUGACUCUGCAAAUGCCAACUGCUCCACCUCAAAUGCCUGAGGGAGUGAGGGGAUCUGCUCUUUGCGUCGUUAAUUUUGGUGUGUAAAUACCUCACAGUUUCCGCUUACUGUAUAAGGCUCUGUAAAUCAAACUUAUGGCAAUAGUCAAGGUCCAAUUUUCCCAUUCUCCAUCCCAAUGGAUGGAAGAAAUUAGUUUUUUGUUUUUUUCUUUGUGCAUGUCCAUGUGUUCUAGUUAAGUAUGUCCAUUUAAACUUUCACUUUGCCUAUUGGGUGUAUUGUUUUAUGUUGCCCUGGUAAGACGUAAAGAAGGGAAUUCUCCAAGACAGUGAGUUCAGGUGUAAAAACCACUGGUGAGAAAAAUGGGGGAAUUCACCCUCUCCUUUUGGUAGAGAAGGGUUCUCUUUUUUUUUUUUUUUUUUAAUUAAGCUCUUUUUAUUGUU